UGAGCAGAUUUUAGUAUUUUUUUAGUCUCACCUGCUCCCACCGCCCUGGCGUUGUUAUGGCGCAAUAGUUUACUCCAUAAUCGCACUCUCUCUCCCUAUCUCUUUAAUCAGAGAGGUCGGCAACGACCUUGCAGAAACUACGAUGGGGAGGCCCUCCGACUCCCAGGAGGCGCAGGUCCCGAGGAUCGACUUCCGGGGCCUGGAGCUGGCCCGGCCUAGCUCGCCCGAGUGGGCCGCGGCCCGGUCCGAGGCUGCGGCGGCGCUGCGGCGCCUCGGGUGCUUCGAGGCGGUGUACGGCGGAGUGGGCGCGGAUCUUAAGGGGCCGCUCAUGGCCCGGGCUGCUCCGGAGCUCUUCGCGCUCCCGCUCGGGGCGAAGACCCGCAACGCCUCCGACCACCCCUUCCUCGGCUACAUCGGCAACAUCCCCGGCAUGGCCUACGAGAGCCUCCGCGUCGCCGACGCCCCCGACCUCCACAGCGUCGACAAGUUCGCGCGACUCCUCUGGCCCCAAGGAAACCCUAGCUUCUGCAACAUAGUGUGGACGUAUGCUAAGCGCAUGCAGGAGUUGGAACAGAUGGUCGAGAGGAUGAUCCUGGAGAGUCUGGGUCUUGAAAAGUACUUCCAGUCUCACAUAGAAUCUCUGGAGUAUGCGGUUCGGCUUUCCGAGUACGGGGUACCACUGGAUCGGGAAACCAAGAUCGCAAUGCAAUCUCACGUAGACCCCAACAUGAUCACCAUAAUUGCCCAGCACGAAGUGGGAGGACUCGAAGUGCAGGCUGAGGACGGAAGCUGGAUUGCCGUAGAGCCCUCCCCGGACUCGUUCGUCGUCAUGACCGGCGAAGCAUUUGCAGUCCGGACAAACGGGAGGUUGCCACCAUGCCGUCAUCGCGUGAGGAUCACCGGUGAAAAGAAAAGAUACUCUGCUCUUUUCAGUUCGCGGCCAAAGGAUGGUUGCGUCGUCCAGGUCCCAGAAGAGCUGGUUGACGACGAGCACCCCCUGCUUUACAAGCCUUGCGACUACAAUGAGUACAUCAAAUUCCGCUUCUCCGAGGAAGGAAAGAAAGUGAAAGACACACUGGCGUCCUUCUGCGGAGCAAAGAAAGAGGAAAUUGCUGCCUGAUCAUCUCAGUUCGGCAGGUUCCUUCAUCUUGUGUUGGAUGUUCUGUUUUAAGUCAUUGACCUUGUGAUUUCAUCAGUGCUUUCCUGAUGAGGUUAAUAAGAUUGAGAGUUCAGUCGUGUGGUACGAUAUUGCGAUGAACAUGGAAUCUGUGUGCAGCUCCAUCAUAUGUAAUAGCAAACUACGUUUCACUUAAAGAGCCAAAGAUUCUAGUUAUUGCUCUGUCAA